CCAAAUCCCUGUUUUGACUCGUCUGGGAAAAUUGAGCGAAAAGUCACAAAAGAAGCGAGGAGUUUGGGGAACAUCUCCGCACGCCCUGCGCGUCUGCUCCACACUGACGCAUUGUGGUUCCACAGGAUAAGUCGCUGCGUCCUGAAAGGAAUCUGACUGCUAUAAGGAGAUUGCUUGAAGAUAAGAUGGGAUGGACGAGUUAACAAGGCAAAUGGAGAUCUCGGGAGAAAAGGCUUUGACAGAAACCGUGACCUCCACAACCAGACUGACUUCUCUCCCACCAAAGGGAACCAGCGGAUCAAAUCACAGGAAUAUGUCCAGUGGUGCUGGAGGGCCGGGCUUUGAGAAGAAUGUCUUAACGCAGAACAGCAGUGGAACCUACUUCUCUUCAUCCUCUAUAGGUGUGACAAGUAACUACAGCUCCUCCUCUGGAAUCUACCUCGGUGGAGACUCCUCAGGAGGAGGUGAGGGAGGUGGGAGCUACAUAGAUGGAGAGAGUUAUGGGAGUGGAGGAGGAGGAAGAGGAGGAGGAGGCAGUGGAAGCACUUAUCUCGUAAGCUCCGUGUCAAAGGUCCGGUCCAGCUCAUCGGGCGGUGCCAGGAGAGCUCACACUGCUGGGUCAUCAGUAGGGCUAUCGCCAGGUUUCCGGGAGAGGAAGACCAUAUCUAGCCGCUCAGGAGGCUAUGACGGGAGUUCCAGUGCUAAUUCCUCUCCUGAAUUUCCACGCAAAGACUAUGGGAACUACUGCUCCAGUGCCACAAGAGGGAGGAGCGAAAGCAGAGAGAGCGAGAUCAGAGCCAGAUUACAAAGUGCCUCCCCAUCUGCCGGAAGAUGGGCAGAGCUGGAAGACGUGAAGAAGCUGCUGAAAGGACGCUCCAGCAGCGUCAGUCCUACCCGCUCCUCCAGCGCCUCCAUCGCCCUGCCGGUACCUAAAAAGACCAGCAUGGAGACUAAGACUGUCUCAGUGGCCACUCAAUCGGCUUCAAUUUUAUAUGAACCUGGUGUUCAGUCAGGUGGGUUCAACACCAUCGAUGUGUCAGGCCUCUAUGACAGCAGACUGACAUCCAGCCAGCGUGUCACUGGUGUCCAAACAGGCCAACAUGCUGUCACAGUAAAAUCAUGCCACUGUGAUACUGGAGUCAAAUCCAGCCAGUAUGAUGUUAGCCUGGGUUCAGGGCAGUACGAUACUGGUCUGAAGUCAAGCCAUUAUGAUGUCUGUCUGAGUUCAGGUCAGAACGAUACUGGUCUGAAGUCAAGACAAUAUGAUAUGAGUCUGAAAUCAGGGCAAUAUGAUGCUGGUUUUAAAUCUGGCCAGUAUGACACCACUGGGAGAACAGGCCAGUACGACACCCUGGAUUCAGCCUUUCCCACUUUCUCUUGGUCCACCUCCACGCUGCCUUCCUCCUCCUCCACGACCGUCGUUGCUGGCAACACCAGCAGCUACACCUACCAGCUCGGCCAGGUCAGCACCAAUAACAUGUCAGGAGGCUCCCUGCCGAUCAGCCCUGUCCCACCAUCAUCUCUAUCAGUUUAUGGCUUUCAGAAUAAUCUGGCUCCUACCUCUGCCGGUGUGUUUACCACCAGUGGCGCUAAUGUAACUGCUAACCUGGGAGGGUAUGGCGUCCAGAAGAACGUGUCAAACAGUGGCGCUGCCAUCAGCACAGGGAUCUCUACAGCUUUUUCAGGCACAAGGUCCCAAACUGAUGAUGCCUAUAAGAGAGAUUAUAAAUACAUGGCCUCUGAAAGGGAAAACGGUCCAGCCAGGAGGGAGGGUGAAACUCUCAUUUUGGCAAAAGACAGCGGCAAGCAGUUUACCACCAGCAGUGGCAUUCAUGUAGGAGGAGGUUCACUGUCAGGAGACUCUAUUAAAAAGGAGAAGCUUAUUUCCAGCUACAUUGACACGGGCACUCUGAAAACAGAGACGGGCAACUCAUACUAUGGAUCAUCUGGAGUCCUGAUGAAAGACAAGGCAACGUAUGCAGAGAUUCACAGGGACAGCGGCAUCUUCGGAGGAGGAGGAUUCUGCUGCUGCUCCGACGCUUGCUGUUCCUGGUGGAAGUGGCUGCUGGGUUUGCUCCUCCUCUCCCUGCUUCUACUUGGGCUCCUGUUUGGCCUCAUUGCACUGGCUGAGGACGUGAGGGAGCUCAAGAACCGAGUGGCGACUCUGGAGGCUGAGUCUUCGGUCGCUGGUGCUCGGACCGGUGGGCUGUUGGGUCCUUCCAACGACAUCAACACCUCUGUGAGUGGUGGAGGUGGAGGUGGAGGUGGAGGCACCCUCAUCCUGGGAUUUGGAGGUGGAGGGGGCUCGGACUCCAAAACGCAAAUCAGCACUGCUGGUGCGGGCGACGCUGCCGGUCGCAAUGAUGUUGAUGUUGGUAUUGUGGGUGUCGGUGGUGCUGGAAGUGCAGCUGGAGGUGGAACCAACUCCCGUGGCAGUGCCAGCAAUGCUGGUACCAUCUCCAGUAGCAGCGGCGGCAGUGCUGGUACCAGUUUCGGCGGAGGUGCCAGCAGUGCUGGUACCAGCUUCAGCAGCGGUACCGGCAGUGAUCGUACUGGUAUCAGUGGUGGCACCAGCCUUGGGACCAGCACUGGGACUGGAGUGAGUGGAAGAUACAUAGAUAACGCCUUCCUUCAGAUGACCAUCCAUCAAAUGUUAAAAUCUGAAAUGCAGUCACAGGGAUUCAGAGCUAUUUUAGCAUCCUCAGUGCAGGGAGAGAGGGGAUUACCCGGACCUAAAGGGGAAUCUGGACUGAAAGGAGAACCUGGUUUCCCUGGAAUUCCAGGUGUUCCAGGUCCAAUGGGACACGCUGGUCCCGAGGGUCCCAAAGGACAGAAAGGAAGCCAAGGUGAACAUGGAAUGGAAGGACCACCAGGUACCAGGGGCCGUGAAGGACCACCUGGGCCUAGAGGUGACCCAGGACCUUCAGGCUUUGGACUGAAAGGGGAUAAAGGUGAACCUGGAUCUGUUGGGCCUGCUGGGCCAAAAGGUGCACAGGGAAUCCAAGGGUUACAUGGGCCACCCGGUCAACAAGGUCUUCAGGGUUUCCGCGGUGAGGCAGGACUACCUGGACCAAAAGGUGAUAGAGGGCUUGCUGGAUUUCAAGGACUCAAAGGUGAACCUGGUGAAAAAGGAAUCAGAGGUCUACAAGGUGAAGCUGGUUUUCCAGGUAUCCAAGGACCAAGAGGAGAAAAAGGCUCCAAAGGAUCCAUGGGACUUUCUGGACAAGAUGGUGAAAAAGGAUCAAGAGGUGACCAAGGAACUCCUGGGCCUCCUGGACUCAGGGGUCUUGCUGGGCCUCCUGGGGAUACUGGACCUCCAGGAUUACCAGGGCUGCAAGGACCACCAGGAAUUCCAGGAAAUCCUGGUCAACCAGGAGUCAAAGGUGAACCUGGCCAAGCAGGACGAAUCAUCAAUGCCGCUGGCUCAGCUUCUGUUGGCAUCCCAGGACCACCUGGACCUGCUGGGCCCCCUGGCCCUGCAGGUCCUCCAGGAUUAUCAGGUCCCAUUGGCCCUGCUGGUCUGCCUGGCCCACCUGGUCCUAAAGGUGACAGAGGAUAUAAAGGAGACCAGGGAGAGUCUGGAAUAACAGUGAGAACCAGUGAAACUAUAAGUUCAUCUAGAGCAGAGAGGCAGUACGGUGCUGGAGGAAGCUCUGCUUAUGGUGUAAUACCUGGCCCACCAGGUCCACCUGGACCUCCUGGACGUCCAGGCGACUCGAGACAAGGACCUCCUGGACCACCGGGGCCUCCAGGGCAGCCAGGUUAUGGAAGACCAGGACCAAAAGGAGAAAAGGGAGAUGUAAGCUUUGCAUCCAGCUCAGGAUCAUUUUACCCUGGACCACCAGGAGCUCCUGGGAACCCUGGAGCUAAAGGGGCAACAGGUUCUCCUGGACCCCGUGGAUACACAGGUGAACAAGGCCCACCAGGCCCACCAGGAAGCUCUAUUUCUUAUGGAGGAAAUGUGAUCCCUGGAUCGCCAGGUCCACCAGGACCUCCUGGACUCCCAGGAUCACCUGGAGUGAAAGGAGACACUGGAGCUCCAGGAAUUCCAGGCACCUCAAGAGGCUCAGUCUCAGUCACCUCCGGCCCUCCUGGUCCCCCAGGUCCUCCUGGUCUUCCUGGCCUGCCCGGCUCCUUUGCUUCCUCCAAUGAGAUGCGACAGCACAUUUCAGACUAUCUGAGUAGAUAUAGACUGAGCAGUCUACCAGGCCCUCCAGGUCCACCUGGGCCUCCAGGAAUUCCAGGAACCUUCUCAGGGUCUAUAGAGGACAUCUCUGCUCGCAUUAUUGCAUACCUGCGACGUUCAGAUUCAGGCUUCAGCAUUGGAGUUCAGGGACCUCCAGGACCACCUGGUCCUCCUGGACCUGCCUCUGGAUCCCUGUCUGUCAGUGCUCUCAUAGCCAUGCUUCAGAGAGAUGAUGUGAGAAGAUAUUUGUCAGGAUCACCAGGGCCACAAGGACCUCCUGGACCACCAGGGGCCUCAGGAGGACUUUCAGGGACUUUCAGCAUAGAGGAGAUAGCCACAUAUGUCUUUAAUAUCAUGAAUGAGAGGGGGAUUGCUAGAGGUCCGCCAGGUCCACGUGGUCUUCCAGGUCCCCCUGGAUCUCCAGGUGCGGGAGGCUCUAGCUUCUCCACUGCUACGAUCGACUACUCUGCACUGAUCCGAAAUUCAAAUUUCCGCUCCUGGAUCACCUCCGCUGUGCAGCAAGGUCCUCCCGGUCCUCCAGGUGUCCCAGGGCUGCCUGGUCCUCCUGGUCCUCAGGGGCCUCCUGGGGUCUCCACAUCCACUGUCUAUGGGUCGGGAGGUCGUGGCUACAGCUUGGAGGAAAUCCAGCGCUAUCUGCAGGGUUCUGGGUUCAGAGGUCUUCCUGGCCCCCCUGGUCCUCCAGGUCUCCAGGGACCACCAGGCAUUGUCACUGGAUCAAUGUCCUACAGUGGAAACCUCCCUCGGGAAAGCAUCCGUGCUGAAAUUCAAGAGUAUCUGACCAGUGACAGUGUUCGACGUACCAUUGUUGGGCCUCCAGGUCCUCAAGGUCCAAAGGGUCAGAAGGGAGAACGCGGAGAGCCUGGCUACUCCCAGAGCUACAUACAGACCCAGAGCUAUCCACAAGGCGAUGCUCGCUUCCAACGCAGAGAGAUCGAUGUCAGCAAGCUCACCGAGACACUAGACUACUCCAACGUCGCCAUGAAAGUUACUGACUACAUUAAGAAUCAAGGCCUGCUGCAGGAGUACAUCUCUGAGGGUUCUUGGAGGACAAAUGUCAGAGCAAUUCAAGGACCCCCAGGUCCUCCUGGCCCUCCAGGACCUCCUGGUUACAGCCGCGUGAUCGGAUCUUAUGGCAAUGUCACAGCCGACCUCAUGGACUUCUUCAGGAGAUACGGCACCAUUUCCGGCCCCCCAGGAGGCCCAGGACCAAAGGGAGAGAGAGGGUAUCCAGGACCCAAAGGAGACAAGGGUGAUCCAGGACCUCCGGGUUUACCUGGAAUCCCAGCGCCGCUCACUGUCCAGAUUCCACACAAAGUGCAAAAGAGAGAAGCAGGUGAUAAAGUGGUGGGUCGUCAAAAACGUCACCGGCGUCAACCCAGUGGCGGCUGAAGGGUGUCCUGCUGGGUGGCGCGAUAUUCUAAUUCAGCUCUUUUUUUUUUUUUCCUUUUUAAAUUUUAGUUGAACUAAAAAUAUUCUCCUUAUUGUUUCUUUUCAAGAAAAGUCGGUUGGGGAAAAUAAAAAUGCAUCUGUCUCUUUAAACAUGCUUCUCAUAGAGGUGUUAGCCUGUGGUUUUUAAAAGGCACAGACUUCAGUAUUCAACUUGUGGGUGUAUAAUGUUUACUUUGCUUAGUUAGAAGCUUGCAUUCACUUUGUCUGGGGCAGUUCUUUCCAAGCAAUAAGUAGCAGUUACUAGGGCUGAGACAAUUAAUCGAUCAUUGAAAUAAUCUUUAAUUUAGUAAUCGAAUAAUUGUUAACUGGAGUAUAAACACUAAAACCUGCCAUUUGCUGAAAGAAAAACCCAAAUGAGAGUAAUGAUUAGGCCAACAUUGUACAAAAAAUAUAUAAUUUUUGCAUUUAAGAUGAAAAACCUUCUUAGUCCGUAAAUAUACUCUAUCCAGAACUCGCUUUAGCUUCACCUGGUUCAAAUUCUAAAUUUGCUAUCCGAUUAUUAUCGAAAAAUACUCAACAGAUGAAUUGAUUUGCAAAAUAAUCAUUAGUUGCAGCCCUAGCAGUUACUUUUUACUUCGAGCACAAGUAUCUGCCCCUUUUUAUUACUUUUUAUAUUUGCUGACUUUUGGGAAUUAUAUGUAUCGAGGACUAUAGUGUUCAAAAGCAUUUAUUACACAUUCACCCCAUAAAAAUAUUCAAAACCAUUUAGCCUUUAAAAAAAAUACAAAGCUUGAUAUGAACUUGACUCAAUCUCAGUCAAAGUGAGGGUCAUUUUGCAAAAGGUUGAGAUUUACUUGAAAGGGUUUUUUGGUAUAAAGACAAAUAUGUCUGUAUGAUUCUAGAGGGGAAGGACUCAGAUGAUCGUUAAGACAUGACUGAUUUAAUUGUAUAUUUUUGUGUAAGAGCACUGAAUUUGAUAUUUUCUACAUGCCUUUAAGUGAUGUAGAGAAUAAAUUAUAAACGUGGUUGAACCUUUUUUGAUUAAAAUAUCUGAAAAGACAAAAAUAAAUCUAUUUUUGGACGUGGGA